UCCUACCCUUUUUAAUCAAUAUUAUUUUAAAUGCAUUUAUUAUUUUUGGUUAAAGAUGUGCACUAACUAUGACAUGCCGAUUUCAAUGGGUAAAUAUUUGACCAAAAAAAAUUGUAGAUCUUUGACAAAUCAAAUGGAAAUUUGUAGAAAUAGGAUAUCACCAAUAAUUACGGAAGAUAUAGCUCAAUAUUUUAUAUAUUUAUUUAGGCGAAGUUAUCGGGAAAUGGUAUUAUCAAGAAGGCUUCACUCAAAUAUCAAGGAUCAUAAGAUAGAAACAGAUUUAAAUGUUAUAAUAAAUAACAGUCAAAAUUAUGAAAUAACAUUUUUGCUUGAACCUUUUAUUCCGAACAAUAUUAUGAAUGUUUUAACACAAUUUUAUUAUGCAAGAAAAAAUAUGAAUAGUUAUAAGGAAUUGCGAAAGGAAUGUUUCGAUGAUAAUCACUUAUUAAAAGAUCAAACCCAAAUUGUAUCAAAUCAUAUUACCUUAUAUGAUAAAGAAAAACAACAUAUUGGUACUCAAACUGAUGGGAAUAUCACUGAAAAUCUGUUUUUUAAAUGUGUAAAAGAUUGCAUUGAACCAAAUUUUCCAUAUGAUCACAAAACGGAAGAUAUUAUGAAAUUGCAACAUAAAAUUGAAUCGAUAACUCGACUUUUAUACAUGAUUGGAGGAAACGAUCAGGUAGAAACAAUUAAAAAAUUAUCAGAGUUAUCUAAAGAUGAAAAUAGUUGUCAAUUAUUGAAUAAUUCAGGAGUCACUUCUUGGCUAAUAACCUUUAUAUACCAAUUUGAUAUUGGAACCAUAUUUAAUAAGGUUUUCCAAGACGUUGAUCUAAAUACUAUAAACUAUGAUUGUACGAAUUCCAUUUCUCUCGCAAAUGUAGCAUUAAAUGUUUGGUAUGGGAGACAAGUCGAUAUUAACAAAUUAGCUUGCAUCGCCUUAAAAAAUCUCGUUAUAUUAAAACCUAAAAUUUGUUCGUCAUUGUAUAAUCACAACAAAGGUACUCAAAAAAUUAUUGAGUUAUUGAACCAAUUAAAUACUUAUUUAUACUUUUUGAUUGAAAUCAUUGUCAAAAUAUCUAACCUUGUUUUCACGACUUAUAUCAAACAUUCUGGUUUAAAACAUGAAGAGAUUUUGGUGGAUACAAAUUUUAGAGAACAUCAUGUAAAUAUUUAUAGCGAAUCGGAUAUUGAUUUUAUAGAAGCUUCUAAAAUGAUUAAUUCUGACAUUGAUAUAAAUGAUAAGAUAAAUAUAAUAAAACCACCAGUUUCCGCGUUAACUUCUUUAUUUAAACUAUCAUUUGAUCAAGACAAUAGAAAUUCAAUGAUUGAAUUGGGCUGUACUUCUGCUUGUAGCUUGCUAUAUCAAUUAGACUAUUUUUUAUUUAAUCGUCCAAUUGAUAAGUCUGUUGAUAGGAAGAAAGACAGAGGAAUUCAGAUGAUACAUGCUUGUGGAAAUAUAUUUCAUAAAUUAAAAUUUAAUAUUGUUGAUGGGAUCAAAUGCUGUGUAAGGUAUUGUGGUAUGAUUAUUACAAAUCUAACAUUCAGUCAUGACUCUGAGAUUAACCAUCUACUCUGUUCACAAAAUUAUUUUUUACGUGCAUUACUAAAUAUCGCCCUUUCCAAGGAUAUUCAUAUGAAACAAAUAUGUUUAUCCAUCAUCAGAAAUAUAACUUGGAGACUUGAUGAUUUUACAAUUAAAGUAUUGACAUCUAAUAAGUAUUUGGAAUUCGUUCCAAUUCUGUUCCAAGUUAUUAAAGAUCUUGCACAUUGUAUUGAAAAGGAAAAUUCAAUUCUAGGUGACACUAAUAUGGAAACCAUGAAGAAAAAUAAAGAAAUAUUCAUAAUUAGCCUAAACGCCAUGUGGAAUUUGACAAAUCAGACUUUCAUUUAUAGGAAAAUACUUUGUUCAUCAAAUGCUGUUCUCUUUUUUCGAGAUCUUACCAUUUCGUCUAAUAUGCCUCAAAUUGUUACAGAAAUUUGUGGAGGAAUUUUUAAACAUCUAAUUUUCGCCAUGGUUUUUGAUGAGAAAUGUGCUCAAGAUUAUUUAAAUAUUAAUAACGAUUCUCUGUUUUCGCAAAAUACUAUAUCCGCUUUAGUUACUCAUCUUCGAUCAUCAAGCUUAAAUAUAGUUUCCAAUGCGUGCGCCAUUAUCUGCUCAAUGUCUCAAAUUUUGCCAAAUCGAGAUAUUGAUCAUUUUAAAAGUGUUCUCAAAUUGAAUGGAGCUCUUACAAUGUUUAAUAAAUUAUUACGAUCCAAACACAAGACUAUAUCUACUUAUUCAUGGAAUAUUAUAUUGAAUUUAUAUUCAAAUAUUUUGACGGACAAAUUAGAAUUUCUCGACGAAAAUAUAAGCAACAAAUCGAAUGAAGAGAUAUACUUAUGCAAUACCAACCUUAAACCAUCGAUCUUAAAUCAAACUAUAGAACGUAUUUUUGAUGGUUCUCUUUGUGGCCUAUUUAACAGUUCUAAAGGAAAUAACAACUAUCAGGAUUUUAUGGAUGUUAAGGGUAGAUUUUAUGAUCAAGAAAAUAAUGUAGAAAAAAUGUAUGAAGAUGAAAAUUUGAAAUAUCUUCCAGAACAAACUCCUAUGAUGUUUUCUCCGCAGAGUUCCAUAAUAUCCCUACCAAGUGAAUGUGAUAAGGAUUCUCAUUAUGAGAAAUCUGACGAAUUAGACUCCCUAGCUUCUGAUAUUCAAAGUUAUGACUCUCAAAUAUUAGGAGACUCUAUUCCAACAUCCUCUCCCUCUCCAUUGCAAAUAAAUCCUAUUUCAAUAAAAAAAUAUUCACAAUCCCGUAACAAUCAAAAUAAAUUGGACGAUAAUGAGUUUGAAGAUGCUAUAAAGACUUACGCAACGGAAGGCACUCCUUACCACGCCACUAGGCCACCAUCCCCAUCUAAAAAUGAUCCUGUGGUCCUUAUGAAAGAAACUCAAUAUUAUUUCACUCAACAAAACCCUUUUGUUAUUCAAAAUAAUUUAUUGAAUGAUGACGAAGAAUUAAAAGCAUAUUAUGUUGAAGAUACACCGGCCACUUAUUCAAAAAGUUCUUCAUUUGACAAUAUAUUACCAAUAUCAUCGAAUAAUUUUGUUAACGAUAUAAAAGAUUUUCCUCGAAUCGCAAUUGCUAAUUACCAAAUUCUUGAUAAUUUUGAUGAUAACACAUAUUACAAUAUUAAUAAACAAGAAUAUGAUGACGAAUUUUUUCUUGCACCUUCAAUACAUUCCUCAAAGCCUCACAACCAAGUUAGCUCUUCUCUGCCUAAAAAUGUAUUAAUUGACCACAUUUUUCAUGAUGAUCAUAUAAAUAAUUCCGAUCGAAAAUAUAUAUUUCAGGUAGAGAACACUCCCAUGAUUUUUUCUCAUCAUGACUCUUUAGAUGCAUUAAGCCCGCUAAUAAUUGAAGAUGAGAACGAUGUUGAAAUAGAUUCUCAUAAACUUUUUGAAAUAAAUCAAUCUUCAAAUAAUAAAAAAAUUGAAUAUGAUGAUAAAUCAAUAGAUAUAAAUUAUAACAUGAAUUUAAUUUCAGACGUAAUCAUUUCUUCGAAUAAAAACGAUUCAAAUCAUACAUCAAGUCAAGAAUCAUUGACUUCUGAUCCAUCUCCUUUGGAUAAAGCAUUAUUGGAUCAAUGUAUUAUUUCAGCUUUACCAAAAAAUUAUAAUCCUUUAUCUUUUAAUCUUGAAACUAAUUAUGGAUACAUUGAAGAUGUUGCGAAUGAUUAUUAUAAUACCACAAAUCUUAACAUUCUUUAUAAAAAUUUUGAUGAAAAAAGUAAUUAUGGAAUAUUUGAGAAUACCAAUAAUGUAAAUCUAUUUCCUGAUAAAUCAAGUUCAAAUUUCCACCUUUUCAACAAUUCUUCAAUACAGAAUAAAUCUCAGUAUCAAAGCAAUUAUGUAGGAAUAGAGGCAGAAUCAUCCGAUAUUUUAAAUUUUUAUGAUUGUGACAAUAUAUCAUAUACGUCUCUUCCAACCUCAAAUUCAACAAAUAUUGAUGUUACUGAAUCUUCAUCCCUACCUAAAUUUAUCACUUCAUCUACAAAUUCUUUAAAGUUCCGAGAAAAAAAUAUUGCAAAUGUCCACUACAAUGAUUAUGGUUUUAAAAUUUAUAAUUCAGAACUUUGCCUCACUUCUCAAGAAAAUUUAAUCUAUAUAGAAAAUGAAAAGUUAUCACUUGUAUCCGACAGUGAAUAUGAUGCAAAUAUGAUUACAUCUUCGACUAAUUCUUUCAGUUCUAGUUUCAAUACCGAAAAUAAUUGUUCAACUCAUUUGUAUUCUAAAAAAAAUAUUUUCAGUAAUCCAAAGAUAUUAUGUAAUAUUUCAAAAGAAAAUAAUCAUCAUCUCAGUAUUUCAGAUAAUAACCAUCUCAACAGUGAUUAUGACGGCAUUAAAAUUUUAGAAAAUAAGCAUUCAUUCCGAGUUAUAAAUGAACCUCCAGGCUUUGAUAAUUUAGACCAUCAAAAUAAUUUAGAUGAUAAUAUUUGUGAUACUAAUUUUGACAUGAAGAUGUUUCCGAAUUUAUUGGUAAAACAACGCACUUUUACAAAAAAAAUCUCACCAAAAGAUUAUUCACAAAAUCAAAUAUAUUUGAAAAACUUAAAUAUUCAUGAUAAAUCAAAAAAAGCAUCUAAAAGGGAUUGCUCAUCGCCAUUGACAAAAAUGAAAUCAAUCGCAAACAGUAAUUUAAGAGUGUCAUAUGCAUUAACCUUUUCCAACAAAAUAAACUUAACGAGACCUAAAGGUCUUCCAAAAUUAACGAAAAGAAACAAUAUAGAACCACCUAUUACAAUAAACGGUGAAAAAUCUUCUAAAAAUACUAAAAUACCAGCAUUAAAAAAGAAUAAUAAUUCAAAUAGAAAAUAUGAAUAACGCUAAACUUCUAUCAUAUAAAAAGUGAUU